CUGAGCACACCUUACUUUACAGACAGCUGGCAUUUCAUGUGCUUUCCCUUAGAGAGAGAGGACACUGCACCAGAGACACCAUCAUCUUUUCUCAACAUAAAAAAAGAAAAUGAGCAAGUUUACACUCCCUGAACUUUCCCAAGAACAAAAAGACCUUUUUCAAGAGGCAUUUGCUACUGAUUUGGAAUAUUUAAAAUCGAUUGAGAAAAAUAGUCAGUCUUCCUACGGUCUCUUCCUUCAAAUAUGCAGCACGCCAUCACUUUCUAUACUUACUGAAGAGGAGGUCCAGGGGCUCUUUCAGCUUGGCAAUCGCUCAGAACAGCAGGCAGCAACCUUGAAAUCGGUGAAAGAAAAGGGCCCAAAAGCAACACUUCUGUUCUAUUUAUGCUUAUAUAUGAACAACAGUGAGCUCUAUGGACACCUGCCUAGUUCCCAGAGUACUGAUAAGAAACUGGAUCAGUUAUCAAAGUUAAGAGAUGAAUUCCUUGUUUUGCUGAAAACCUCCUUUAAUGAAACCUUGCUAAAGUCUGGCUUUUCAGGUGUGUCAAAACCCACAGCCUCUGUAGCAGCUGUGCGGCCAAAUAUACAUAUAAAAGAUGAAAGGCAAGAUAAGACAAAUGAUGAAAAAGAAUCUGAAUCGGAUGGUCUGAAGAAAGACACACAGGAUUCCCAGCAAGUGACAGAAAGGAAUCGAGGAAAAGAGAAAAUGAAAAAAGAGACAGAGUCCCUCUCUGUUGAUGUUGACAGACCUCGUCCAAAGUACCAGAGACGAUGGGGUAUAAAGAAGGAUGAUGAGUUCUUCCAUUUUAUCGUUAUCUGCUUUUCAAUUGGAGCAACCCUCAUCUGUUCUUAUAGCUACGCAGAUUGGACAAUAUCAGCAGGCAUUGGUCUUAUUUGCUUUGCAACGAUAGAGACCAUCGCAAUCUAUUUUGGUUUAAUUGAACAAAUCCGUAGAAUCCUUGAUUACCUCCAAACUGUCAAACUGCCUGCAGGUUUACCAUCUUGGCCAAAACGGAAAUAGCAAAGAAUUUCAAUUCAGGAGUUCGUAGUAUAAGACAUAAGCAGAAAAUCUGUAAAUGUGAAGAAUUUGCACAAAAAGGCAACAAACAGUAUUGUAUGCCUUAACCUUUUAGCAACCAGAACGGUUUCACAUCCACAGCAGGCAGCCUGACCUGGAACUUUAUCAACGUGCCACUUUGAACAGACCUGUGCUCAAAAAUAUGUUGAAAUAUAUGUCUCUAUGGUUUAUCUGUUGUACUAUUCAAUCCAAUUGCACAAACUGACCAAAUAUUGCUCACCCCUGCUCCAAUUCUUUAAUUGUCAGUGUUCAUUGGGUGCCAAUUAGGUCUAGGCAGAAAGUUCCCACUUAUCAAAUACACUUUUUACCCAGCCUUAUUAACCAAUAGUAUAUACUCCUGCCAAUCCACUAAUCAUAUAGUAAGAUGUCACAUUCCUUCUGUCUUACUUGAAAUGCAAUAUACUGCGCAUUGAGCGUUCAAGUAUACAUCCACACUAAAUCGGAGCGUAUUAAAUAUAACGUGAACUGCUUUAGAGUUGUAGAUCUGUUAAAAUAAAAUGUUAACUAUAAUGUAUUUUUCUACCAAUGUAAUAAAGACUGUUCCCAGUAUUAACACCAAAC